AUGUCUUUCCUAAGGCCAAGCAUCAGUUAUGCUUCUGGCAUGUACUUAAAGCAGUGGCUCUCAGUUUUGCGCCAUCAACCUGCUCCAUACAAUGCAGCAUGCACUAUUGCUGAGUUCCCAUUCAUCAAUCCGAUUUUUGUCCCUGUUUCCCAGAGAGAUCAACUCCCUGCUGAUGUGGUCCAUAAAACCAUUCUGCCAGCAAUCUCAACAUACACUAAAAAUUUGGGCACCCAGAGACAGGAUGCAGACAUAAAAGUUGUCCAUGCCUUUAUACCACGGAUUUCUUUCAAGAUUGGUGGCAAAUUGAUUGGCACAAACCUUCCUUCUACAUCACAACAAGUCAAGAAUGUAGUUGAGGAAGUGGCCAAAGGCCAAGAGGAUGGGGAUGGUGACAACUCACUACCUGGUGAUGUUAGGAAGCUUAUAACAAAAGCGCUUGUAAACCCGGCCAGUGAGAGCUUAGAGGACAUAGACGAGCUUGGCAUGGACGAUACAGAUGAAGAGGACGGUCCUGACUGGGUACUUGAAGUGGAUGAAAAGUGA